AUGCCUGUGCUUGCUGUUCUUACAGCGGAAAUACCUUUUGUGUGCCAGGGAAAUCGUGAAGAAGUAGCCAGUUCAGUUACUAUACAGAAGCUGCUAGAUCUGGACGAGUGCACUGUUGCGACAAUACCGUACGAUGGGAUCAUGUUAUCGUCUUAUCAUCACGUCAAAUAUCGGUUAUUGAUUGGUGAAAAACUAGACUUCAUUUGCGGUCGUGUCGCCAGGAAAGAGAAAUGGGCAGUUCGAGCUGGAGUGUGUAUUGGGAGUUUCGUUGCAGAGUUCGCGAUGAAGGAGAUGCUCGGCGGUUGUUGUGUGUGUGCGGAUGAGAACGGCUGGACGGACAAUCCGCUCAUUUAUUGCGAUGGACCUGGAUGUGAAGUAGCUGUGCACCAAGGUUGUUAUGGUAUCCAAGAGGUGCCAGAAGGAGAAUGGUUGUGUGCCAAGUGCCAUGUUUCUAGUACAAGUUACUCUAAUGAUGGACUUAGUCAUAAUGGAACCUCCACCAAUGGUGUGGGUCAUGCUAUUAAAGCACGGUGUGAGCUGUGUCCAUUUGGCUAUGGUGCACUAAAACGAACCGAACAAAAGGGUUGGGCCCAUGUAAUUUGCGCUUUGUAUAUUCCUGAAGUGCGCUUUGGUGAUGUACACAGCAUGGACCCUGUGAUCUUAUCAGAUGUACCCGCAGAACGGUUCGAGAAGUUGUGUUACAUCUGUGCUAAUGCUGGUGACUCGAGAGCUGCUCAAAUGGGAGCGUGCAUGUCGUGCAAUAAACCAGGUUGCAAGAGGGGAUUUCAUGUAACCUGUGCUCAGCAGCGUGGUUUGUUGUGUGAAGAAGGUGGCGGUAGCAAGAAUGUGAAGUACUGUGGUUACUGUGAACAUCAUCUCCGAAAGGCGGUGAGUCAUUUCUUUCGCUUGUAUUCCGCCUUUCGUUCCCUUUGUCCAGAUUUGCAACGUGCUACCGAAGUUGUAAGAAAUGGUAGUACUUGGGGUGUGAAGAGCACAUGGUGCGUUAGGAGUACUCAUCCAACCGCGAUCGAUGCACGCUUUAUAUCGCAACAUACGAAGACCAUUGUGUUGGAGGAGUCCGACUUUUUAACCAAUGAGGAUUGGGAUGUCGAAUAUCCGGAGAAAUUGUUGACAUUAAUGGUCCUCACUGCAGUCACGCCAGCAGCUGGGGGUCGGUCCGAGCAAAAUGUUCCCACAUGUCGUCGGGCGGCUGGCGGAGGACGGGUCGAUCGGGCUGCGGCGGUGACGGGGAUCGAUGGCGCGGCCGCGGCGUCCGCGCGUCGCCGCCGCCCACACGCCUUCCGCGACGGCGCCGUCGGCGGGCCUCCGUCGGGGUGA